AUGACCUCUCUUUUGACAGAUGAGGAGCUCGCAGUCCGCGAGACGGCCCGAUCAUAUUGUCAGUCCAAAUUGUCACCUAGAAUCGUCGAGGCAUAUCGUACGGAGAAUUUUGAUCCCUCGAUCUUGAAAGAGAUGGGCGAGAUGGGCUUGUUGGGAGCUACGAUCAAAGGCUAUGAUUGUGCCGGUGUCAGCAGUGUCGCCUAUGGUCUCAUCGCAAGAGAGGUGGAACGGGUUGACUCGGGCUAUCGAUCAGCCAUGAGUGUCCAGUCUUCAUUGGUGAUGCAUCCUAUCAACGAGUUUGGAAGUGAAGCACAGAAAGAGAAAUAUCUUCCUCGAUUGGCAAAAGGAGAGAUGAUUGGGUGCUUCGGCCUUACAGAACCAAAUCAUGGAUCUGACCCAUCGUCUAUGGAGACCACAGCUAAGAAGACGUCAGAUGGAUGGGUCUUGAACGGAAGCAAGACGUGGAUAUCAAAUGCACCAGUUGCGGACCUCUUUGUGAUCUGGGCUCGAGUUGUGGAGAGCGGAGAGAAGGGUAAAGUUAGAGGGUUCCUGGUUGAGAAGGGAUUACCGGGUCUGUCCGCUCCGGCCAUCAAGAACAAAAUCGCCUUACGUGCUUCUAUCACUGGUUCUGUUUUCCUUGAAGACGUCAGAAUACCGGCAGAUGCUCUCUUACCCAAGUCAUCUGGGUUGGGCUCGGCUUUUUCUUGUCUCAAUAACGCUCGAUACGGGAUAAGCUGGGGGGUUAUGGGUGCCUUGGAAGAUUGUAUAGCAAGGGCGAGGGACUACGCUCUGGAGCGAAAACAAUUCGACAAACCACUUGCAUCAUUCCAACUUGUCCAAAAGAAACUCGCGGAUGCGUCCACUUCCUCCACCUUAGGCUUGUUAGCCUCGCUCCAACUUGGUCGACUAAAAGACCAAGGCACUUGGGCACCCGACAUGGUUUCAAUGAUGAAGCGAAACAACUGCGGCGAGGCUCUCAAACAUGCGAGAAUACUACUGGAUAUAUUGGGAGGAAAUGCCUGUAGCGAUGAGUAUCACGUCGGGAGACAUGUAGCCAAUCUUCAGGUGGCGAACACAUACGAAGGGACUCAUGAUAUUCAUGCUCUCAUCCUGGGAAAAGCGAUGACCGGUGUACAAGCUUUCUCAUGA